UUGAAACUUAGUCUUCUCCAAUGACUUUCGUCUCAUGCUUCUCGUGUUCCAUCAGAAGGGAGUCCAUGGAUGGACGGACGAGGUCGAAAAUUUCUCGGCGGUUCACCCAUCUUCUUACAUGUACCGUAACUGGUACGCGGCGUAUGGGGCUUGAUCGCCCCCGGACGCGACCGGGAAGCGCAGUUGUCGGUUAUCUCUCUUAUCUUGCUCGUCCUGCCUUCAAUUCGCCCCUCCGCUCCUCCUUCUCCCUCAGCCUCUCCCCUUAGGCGAUUGAUUGCUCGUACGUCUUCCGGACGGUCGCUACUGCAUAUCCCACCUCUGUGCUGCCUAGAAUUACAAUUCUCCUCAAUUAAAGUUGCCACGCUCUCCCUGUGCUGAGCCUUGCGCACCCCCACGAUCCAAUUGAAACGCGUUGUGCUCCCGCAAUGGCGAUUCACCCCAGCUUUCCGUCCGAUGCAGACCCCAGAGGCCACCUGUCGCCGCAGCAGGCUAGAGCCAUCUCGGUUUGGACAGAGCAGGCCGCUGCCUCUCUCGAAAAUCUGACCAUUUCGGAGCCGAUCUCAUCCAGUGACAGGAUUGUUUCCGUAUCACAGUCCACGCCGACUCGGACUUCAUUGCGCGGAGCCACGGUAUCUCUAUCGAUUCCCUUGGAUGAUCCGGUGCCAAAGACAGAGAGCGCGUCUGCGGCUCGCGCUAAGCUUCUGGGUCAGACUGCAAAUGAAGUUCAACAGGUUGCCUCUGUCAGCUUCCGUCGCCGAGAGCCACUUCGACGCGACAGUCUGAAGAGGCGCGAGGCCCUUCUGAAGGGAAAGGAUGGCAGUCGUCGCAGACAACGCUGGGAGAAUGACCGUCUCUUGCACAAUCCCUGGGCUGAGCCGCCCUCUUCUAAGGAUUGGACUAUCCAGCCAACGUAUACCCGACACAAUCCCUUGCCAUACUAUCUCGCACCCCUAUGGGAUUCUCAUUUUUCGCAGUUGGACCACAACUCUAAGCGGUCCGGCGCUGGCGCGGUCAACGAGAAACAUCGCGUACCGAAGGAGCUGCGUACGAAGCUCAAACACGCACGUGGCGCACGGGGUAUGCUCCAGGACCUGGAAGAGGACAUCAGACAGUUUAUCCAACGUUGGAGUGAGAAACAGCUACUGCUCCAGAGAGAGGGGCUGGCCGAUGCCCCUCAGUCAUCCGACGAGGAUGACUCUGAGGAUGAGGUUGUGUUCGUAGGUCGCAACGGGCUGAUGCACGAUUCGCCACAGCGCAAGGCGAAACUGCAGCAGAUGCGAGAGGCGAUGAGCGCACACAACGAGCGCGACGGUGAGAAGAUGGUGUUUGAGAGCUCGCUCGAUGACCGGGGUGCCGGGUUUGGGCGAUGGCUCGUCCACUCGAUUGCAACGUAUUAUGGCUUACAUACGUGGUCUGUCACCGUGGGUGAGCCAGCCCGGCGCGAAGCUUAUGUUGGCUUCCGACCGCCGGUAUCGUCCAGCCGACCCGAAUCCAAUUUUGGAAGCUGCCAUCGUGAGGUAAUGAUUCAGCCCGGAGAUGAGUUACCCCAGCCGCUGUGGGCUCAGGUUUGAGCCGAUAUGUAAAAUGGAUCAGGAUUGUACAAUCUAAACUCGCAGAUAAAGCUGUAGAUGGGUCGGUUCGAGGCAAGGUGUUUGAACUCCAUUAUAGUCGUUCAAGAUUAAACAUUGUUCUCCAUCUUUCGCCAUUGGCAAUGGGCCGCGGUAGGUUCUGCCACUACGACUAGGCCUGAUAUCCCGAGUAUUGAGACACUGUAUAAUGGUGGUUUGAGUGGAAGAAGGGACCAUAUUCCGCACAACUUGCCCUGGGCAAAACGCAACUUGAAAGCCUCCAGCAGAGCAUUGAAACAGUAUGAAAGCACUCCCAACUGCAGACAGCAAGCGGCACCUUUACCAUCCUUCCCUCGCAUAGAAUAGUGAUACUUUUGGCAUGGCGAAAACGUAGAAGAAGUAAGAAGGAAAAAAAUACUGCGUACUCUGUAGUAUGAUCCUGAAUGCGACCACGAAAAGGAAACAGUCUUGCAUAUGCACCAUCACCGAAGCUC